GAGCGAGAAAGCAGUUGAACAGAGAAAAGGAAAGUAGAGGAGAGAGGGAACUGCACAAAAAUAAGAAGAAUACUGCAGAAGUCAAACAACUUCUUUACUUUUCAUUUACAUAGUGCUUCAGUGUUCCUCAGAGGGCUUUCUGAAGGACAUUUUUAUUUUUUAGUGGUUUAGUUGUUGCAGAAUUUUGCAAAAGGCAAAAAUGAUGAGCAGCAGAGUCAUCGUAACUGCUACAGUGGUGCUUCUGGCCUCAUUGGCCAUCAGUGAAGGGAUGAAUCUGAGAAGCACAGGAGUGGAGCUGCACUGCCGAUGCAUCCAGACGGAGAGCAAACCCAUCGGCCGCCACAUUGAGAAGGUGGAGCUGAUUCCUGCCAACUCUCACUGCGAGGAAACUGAGAUCAUUGCCACUCUGAAAAAAACAGGCGUAGAGGUCUGCCUAGACCCAGCGGCUCCCUGGGUGAAGAGAGUGAUUGACAAGAUCCUGUCCAACAGAAGACGCUGAUCAGAUGGCGAGGGACGACUUUCAUGAGUCUGAGGGGUUUAUAGACAAAUGAAAAGUACCCAAACGCAUUUGUCUGAUCAGAUGAUACAGUCAUUCCCCUCAUUUCCUAUUAAUACCAGGGGACUGCUUAAUGUCCUGAUGAGCUGUUGAAAUGGAAAACAGAACUCAUCUUCUCAGGUUAUGUUUGUAUCAAACAUGCUAUUUAUUAACAAGUCUGUUCUUGUUUCUAUGUCAUUUAUGUAUGUUGUAGUCAAUAGCUCUUUGAACCGAUUUUGGCUGCUCCUGUAUAACGUAAAACUGGAUCACUUUUCUUUUGUAUCUAAUUUAUGUAUUCAAACAUAUUUAUUGAUGUAUUUAUGAUAUGUAUCUUCUUUGGUCUGAUUGUUAAUCUGUUAAUAAAUUAAAAUAAGUUAAAUGAAAAUGAAAAUGGAAUUGCUUUCUUUUGUCUAUCUUGGGUAUUAUUAAGUAGCCUUUCAUGCCA